AUGGAAGAAGUGGGUGUCCGUAGGGACAAAGAGAAGAACAAAUUAGUUCAGCUUCAGCAAAAAAAGAUCCAGGAUGAAAAAGAGAAGUUCGAGCCCACAGUUUUCCGAGACACAAUUGUUGUGGGCCUCAAUGAAGCAGGCGGGGAUCUGGAUGCUGUAGCCAAGUUUCUAGAUGUGGCAGGCUCGCGGCUGGACUACCGACGCUAUGCCGACACACUCUUUGACAUCCUUAUUGCAGGAAGCAUGCUUGCUCCUGGAGGGACGCGCAUCGAUGAGGGUGACAAGAGUAAGGUGACGGCCCACUGUGUGUUCACCACGGAGGAGAGUCAUGCUGCUCUACGCCUCCAUGCUCAGGUUUUCAAUAAGCUCAUCAGGAGAUACAAAUAUCUCGAGAAGGCCUUUGAGGAGGAAAUCAAAAAGCUGCUGCUCUUCUUGAAGGCCUUCAGUGAGUCGGAGCAGACCAAGCUGGCCAUCUUGACCGGCAUCUUGUUGGCCAACACAGGGCUGAACCCUCCUAUCCUCACUAGCCUCUUCAGUGACAACAUUGUCAAAGAAGGUAUUUCUGCAUCCUUUGCUGUGAAGAUGUUCAAGGCAUGGAUAGCAGAGAAAGAUGCCAACUCUGUAACCUCCGCUCUGAGGAAGGCUAACCUGGAUAAACGACUGUUGGAGCUGUUUCCUGCCAACAAGCAGACUGUGGAGCACUUUUCUAAGUACUUCACUGAGGCUGGCCUGAAGGAGCUGGCUGAUUUCUUGCGUGUGCAGCAGUCUCUGGGAACCCGCAAGGAGCUGCAGAAAGAACUGCAGGAGCGUCUUUCUCAGGAGUGCCCCAUAAGAGAGAUGGUAGUAUAUGUGAAGGAGGAGAUGAAGAGAAACGAGCUGCAGGAGCAGACUGUGAUAACCUUGCUGUGGACCUGCCUGAUGAACGCCGUCGAGUGGAACAAGAAAGAGGAGUUGGUCACAGAGCAGGCGCUCAAACACCUCAAGCACUAUGCCCCGCUGUUGGCUGUAUUCAGCACACAAGGUCAGUCAGAACUGGUGCUGCUGCUCAAGAUCCAGGAGUACUGUUACGACAACAUCCACUUCAUGAAGUCUUUCUCCAAGAUUGUGGUGCUCUUCUACAAAGCUGAUGUCCUCAGUGAAGAGGCCAUACUGAGGUGGUAUAAAGAUGCCCAUGCAGCCAAAGGGAAGAGUGUCUUCUUGGAGCAGAUGAAGAAAUUCGUGGAGUGGCUACAGAAUGCUGAAGAAGAGUCCGGGUCUGAGGAGGAGGAGGGCUGAAGAAGGCGAGGAGCUGGUGACUGGGAGGUGCGCGUGUCAGAGCUCUGCUGAGCAUCCAUGUUCUGUAGAGACGACGCGUCCAGCACUGCAGCCGAGCUCAUCCCCAGCAUCUCAGCAUCAUCUUCUGCAUCAAGUCCAUCUCCAGCCAGCCACGGACUCUCUUUACAAAAUGAAAGAGGUGACCCAGUAAUCUGCAGGGGAUUAUCACUCUCGUUUGAUAAACCUGCUUGUGUAUCUAAUUUGGCAACGCUUUGUCUUUUUAUGAAUAAAGUGUUUUUAUAAGUAUGUUCCCACUUUUAUUUCCACAGGCAACGCACACCCUCUCAUAAAGGAAACGUUAGACGUUUCCAUCUGCCAUGUUAUGUCUCCUCCUCUUGAUCGCACAACUGUAUAAGAUGAGUUGUGUCGUAAAGAACAUAUUCCAAAAACCAAGAACAAUUUGAGUGACACCAUCCAAAUAUUACUGACCUCUGUUUGGCCCCCCUGUUCUAGAUGUUCUGCAGGCACCACAGGUCCCCACUCUGAAGAAAGGGGUCACUGGAAUAAUGCUUAAAGGUUAAAAUACAGUAACCUUCCCAUUUUAAAACCUUGUUGCAUGCGGCAGAUUUGCACACUUGCAUAUAAACAGCAAACUGACAAACGUUUUAACUUUAUCUUCCUUUCAGUUAAGUUUCAGUUCAUUACCAAAAUUAUUGGGGUUUUUUGUGUUUUUAAGUGAGUGAAUAAGUAAUGACCUGUUCCAAGACAAAAUAAUGACAGUUGUCUCUGAAGAAACUUAACCCCAGUGAAACUUGGUUGUUUUUCAGAACAGAUGCUGUAAUUUGCACAGUAAUGACUAUUUCCAGACAUUAGUAGUAGUAGUAGUAGUAGUAGUAGUAGUAGUAGUUCUGUAGCGAGCCGGUGCAUUGUAAGGACAUUAUAAGGAGGCCUGGGCGGUGCACAGAGCCAUGUGAGUGUGACGAGCCAGCUGCAGGAUGGACAUGGAAAACUUGGCACUAGGGAGAAAAAGAUUCUCAGAUGUGAAUAAAAUGCUUUUU